AUGGACGGGACUGGUCAAGAGCUGAUGAUACACGGUGGCUGCACCGUGCACGAAAUCGCCUGCUUUGAGUGUGGCGGUGCUGGAGGUGACCCAAAUGCAGGGGCGCGCACGCACUUUAGCCCACACGCGGCUGCGCAUUCACAUCCCUCCCCGACAGAGAUUAUUAAUGGCACCACCUCACACACGCGCACAUCGUCGGACGAUAAACAACGUUUGAAGUUGAGUGCCUGUUCAAGCGCCUCUGUCCUGGUGGCGGGAGUCAUUUGCGUCCAAUUGACAAAUCAAGGGCGGUUGCAGCAGUCAAUUUCAAAGAGACCCACCAACCGCCUCUUUCCACUGCUUACUUAA